AAGAAGCUCGGCUCUCCAUCAUCAUCAGACUGCGAGCGAAGAGAGGCGACAAAUGUCAACUGUGGCCGCUCUUCCUCAGCCACAGACAUGAAAAGUCGCUCCCACCAUGCGGAUCCACUGCAAAACAGUGGUGAUCGCCAUAUGUUUUGGAUUUGUCUUACUUUGGUACUUUUGGGGAGGCAAGCAGGACAAGAACUCUUCGUCGUCGGUUAAUAUCGAUUACAAUGUUGGUGUCAAGUUGGUGAGGAAAUCUCCCACAGUGUUCCUGGUGGGUGUGGACGAGACACCAAAGAGACCAAAAAAGUCAAAAAUGACAAAUGGAGGGGCCAAGUUGAAUGCAAAAAGUAAGCCACAGAGAAACACAGGAGGACGUCUGACCAAGCACAAACGAGCAGAGGAAGUGAUGCAUUUGGCGGUGGUGGCAUGUGGAAACCGUCUGGAGGAGGCUUUAACUCUCGUCAAAUCGGCUGUCCUGUUCAGCCUCAAGAAGAUCAAGUUUCACAUUUUUGCUGAGGACCGCUUGACCCCUCGGUUUCAAGAAAAGCUGAGCGGCUGGCCCGGCUUUGUCAAAGCUAAGUUCCAGUACGACUUCUACCCCAUCACCUUCCCCGUGCAGAACAACAAAGAAUGGAAAAAGCUCUUCAAGCCCUGUGCCGCUCAGAGACUCUUCCUCCCUGGCAUCCUCAAGGACGUAGACUCAUUGCUGUACGUGGACACUGACGUGGUGUUCCUCCGUCCUGCGGAUGACAUCUGGGACCUGCUGAAGUCCUUCAACGGCACCCAGCUGGCAGCAAUGGCUUCCGAGCACGAGAUCCCCAAGCUUAGCUGGUACAGCGGCUUUGCACGUCACCCUUUCUACGGCUUCUCAGGACUCAACUCCGGGGUCUUUCUGAUGAAUCUGACACGGAUCCGCCGCACGUUGUUCAAGAACAGUCUGAUUGCCGGUGGCCUCUCCUGGGAGAACCUCUUGUACCCGCUAUACCAGAAAUACAAAAUCUACAUCCCCUGGGGAGAUCAGGACCUUCUCAACAUUAUCUUCCACUAUAACCCAGAGUGUGUAUUUGCCCUUCCUUGCCAGUGGAAUUACAGGUCAGACCACUGUACUUAUGGCAGUAACUGUCAAGGAGCUGAAGAGGAAGGCGUGUCCAUCCUCCAUGGCCACCGUAGAGUGUAUCACAAUAACAAGGAGCCGGCCUUGAGAGUGGUGUAUGAAACAAUAUGUGAUUUCCCUUUUGAGGACAAGACGUUGCAGUCACUGUUCUAUUUGAUGCAAACCAAACUGUUAUACACUGUCAACACCCAGUGUGGUCGGCUUCAUCAACUUUUCCUCAAGCAGAUGGAAAAAAACAUGAGGAAGGGGUUUUAGGGGAAUGUGAUCUAACACAUGAGGCCGCACAACUGACUGUCGCGCAAUGGACUUCCUGCUUAAUGUGACAAAGACCAAGGACUGCUGUAGUGGACUGUGCUAGACCAGCCUUGAAUGAACUGGUGGCAAGGUUGAAAGAAAUGGGUUCUCCUGCUCCAUGGAGAAACUUGGGCUUCCAAAGUAGCUCAGUAAAUGAUGUAAACAUUAGUC